CGAGUUAUAUUUGCCCUCUUUAGCUCGCCGACGGCCGCAUAUCAGCCCGGCUGGGACGGAACCACAGCCGAGAGAGAGCCCUCCCCGCAGGCCUGGAUAACAUCUGUUACCCGCAGAUCAAGGUGUGCUUGGUGCUUAUCAAACAAUGGAUGGUUGAUAAAUAAGAAAUAUUGACAUUGAAAUUCCGAGGACUGAGCACCACUUUACGAAGAUUGAAUUUUUUUAAUUUCCACUUAUUCGCGUCACUCUCCUGAUAAAGAAGCGAAUUCUUUUUUUCCUUUCGGGGGGAUUUUGCGAAGUUCUUUGCCGUAGGCAUUCACACCUUUGGAAAGGAUUCGAUUUUGAUUCUCCCUCCUAGUACUUGUUAGAUAUUUUUUUCCUGCAAAGAGUUUUCUCGGGGAUGUUGAGCUCUGUGAAGAUGGAAUCCCACGAUCUCCCGGAGUGGAAUACCUUCUACAGCGAGGCAAGCGAGAUGUACUCUUCCGCCAGCACCAUGAACUCGGGCCUGGGCUCCAUGGGUUCCAUGGGACCCAUCAACAGCUACAUCAACCUGAACCCGGCCGUGCCCCCCUCCUCGGGCAUGAACAUGGCCUACCCCUCCUCCAGCCUGAGCAGCUCCCCUCUGCCCUCCAUGGGCGGCGGCCCCACCCACAUGUCCCUGUCCCCCAUCACCUCCUCCCUCAACCCGGGAGCCCUGGGCCAGCUGGGCUCCUCGGGGCCCGGCUCCCUGGGCUCGCUGUCCCACUACCAGAACAUGGGCCAGCCCAUGGGCCAGCUGGGCUACCCCGCCCCCGGCCCCAUCAGCCGGGCCGGCCCCAAGGAGGUGCCCAAGCCGUACCGCCGCUCCCUCACGCACGCCAAGCCGCCCUACUCCUACAUCUCCCUGAUCACCAUGGCGAUCCAGCAGAGCGGCAGCAAGAUGCUCACCCUCAACGAGAUCUACCAGUGGAUCAUGGACCUGUUCCCCUACUACCGCGAGAACCAGCAGCGCUGGCAGAACUCCAUCCGCCACUCGCUCUCCUUCAACGACUGCUUCGUCAAGGUGGCCCGCUCGCCCGACAAGCCCGGCAAGGGCUCCUACUGGGCGCUGCACCCCAACUCGGGCAACAUGUUCGAGAACGGCUGCUACCUGCGGCGGCAGAAGCGCUUCAAGAUCGAGGAGAAGGCGGCGGCCAAGAAGGCGGGCAAGAGCCAGGAGGGCGGCGGCGGCGGCGGCCCCGGGAAGGGGGCCCACGGCGGGGACAGCAUGUCCGAGGUGCACAGCCCCGCCGGGGGCUCGGAGGGCGCCGACUCCACCCACUCGGACCACUCCCACCCGGGCUCCUCCUCGGACGACCCGCAGCACCGCCGGGGCCCCCUGAUGGACUGCGCUCCCCCGCCUCCCGCCUCCGCGCACCCCCACAGCCCGGCCGGCGCCCUGCCGCCCGUCUCCUCCGCCUCCCUCAUCCCCCCGUCCCCGCUCUCCCUGUCCUCCGCCUGCCCCUCCAACGCGCUGCUCCACCCGCAGUCCCUGGGCGGCGGGGCGCACCUCCUGCCAAACCCCAUGCAGCAGAACAUGGACAUGCAGACGGAGGCCCUCAAGUCCAUGGACCCCCACUACAACUUCAACCACCCCUUCUCCAUCACCAACCUCAUGUCCAACGAGCAGCGCAUGGACCUGAAGACCUACCAGGACCAGGUGAUGGCCUACAACGGCUACACCAGCGGCUCCCCCAUCGCCGCCAAGCAGAUCUACGAGAGCCCGGGGCCCGUGUCCAUGGACUCAGGGGCCUACUACCAGACCCUGUACAGCCGCUCCGUGCUCAACGCCUCCUAAUAUGGACGUCCUUCCUUCCUUCUUGGCUGCAGCCAGCUAAGAUGAAGGACGGUGGUGGUGGUGGUUGUGGUGUUGGCUCGGAGGAUUGCUCCCUCUCUUUUCUUUUCUACAAAAUGGACAAAUACGCUUUCACUAUCUCUUUUAUUAUUCGCUUUCUCUCUCUCUCUCUCUGUCUGUCUGUCUCUCUCUUUAUCUCUCUCUCUCUCUCUGUCUCUCUGUCUCUCUGUCUCUCUCUCUCUCUCUCUCUCUCUCUCUCUCUCUCUCUCUCUCUCUCUCUGUCUCUCUCUCUCUGUCUCUCUCUCUCUCUCUCUCUCUCUCUCUCUGUCUCUCUCUCUCUCUCUCUCUCUCUCUCUCUCUCUCUCUCUCUGUCUCUCUCUCUCUCUCUCUCUCUCUCUCUCUCUCUCUCUCUCUCUCUCUCUCUCUCUCUCUCUCUCUCUCUCUCUCUCUCUCUCUCUCUCCCUCUCUCUCUCACUCUGGCCUGCAGCCAGCUCUCUCUGAUAGGGAUGUGAAGUGGUGGGGCACAGACCUAAAAUGGCCGCUAGGUUUCAGGACCAACAAAUGUUUUUUUUUUUUGUUUGAACAACUCUAAACGGACUGAGAGUUUGAGCGAAAGUCUUUAGAAACCUUCCAGCCGUCCACCUGGGGACGAUGACAUUCUUCCUGUCCAAGCCCAUCCAUCCACGCACCCCUGGCCCUUAAUGAUCUACUUUUUUUAUUCUUGUGCUCUACGUUGAAAACAAAUCCAUCCUCAUUAAGCAUGAAGUGUCUCUUAUCCUUGUGUAAAUUGUAAAUAUACGUAAUGUUUGGGGGUAAAAAAAAAAGGAUAUUUGCAUUUAUUUAUGAAGGGAAUAAAUUUUAAUAUAUCGUGUAUAGUGCUGUGCUGAGCAGUGACAAACCAAAUGUGAGGUUUUUGAAGUUAAGGCCAUAGAAAUAGAAGGAGCUAGAGACAGACAGAGGAGAUGACGAGUCUUAGGUACUGCUUUGAGCAGGUGUUACUGGAUUAGAAUACAGUGAAGUUUAUAUUUGUGUUACAUCAUCCCUUGUUUUAACUCUUUGUACUAUGGGGACAUGCUGUCACCGUAUCUCUCAAACCACACGUCCGUCCUCUCAAACAGCGAUUUCCGUGUCAGGGGAAAGGCUGAAUUAAUUUGGCUUUGUACGGAGAACCGUUUCUGACCUGCACCAGGGGAAGCAAACUAAAAACUGAAGGAAAGAGAGAAAAGUAACUGUGGUAAAUGGUGUGUUUGCUUUUGUUUCAUUUAUUUUAUAUUUUUUCAUCUCUUUUUCUAUUGUUACCUACGAGAGCGUCGUUGUCUACAGAAUCCAAAAUACAUAUUUUCCCAUCAACUGUCACAUUUUUGAAAAAAAAUACUUCAUAGACCCACUUGUGUGCGCAUGUGUGAGUGUGUGUGCGUGCAUGUGAGAGUGCAUGAGUGAUUGAGUGGCUAGGAGUACUAUCAGUUACUAAAGACAUUUGGGUAAGGGGUUUGAGGUGCACGGUGGGACGAUUUACAUACAGUACUUUGCACCCCCCCCCCCCCCCCUCUCUCCAGGGGGGUCCCUGAUAGUGUGUGUGUUACAAACAAUGCUAGGAGAACAAGCUUCUCUCCGCAGUGAAUGGGUCCACUCAAUACUCUGUUGUCACGAUGACCGCGUCACCUUUGUGGUCUCAUGUCACCCAAAGCCUGUCAGAAACGUAAAAAAAAAACCAAAACUAAAAAGUUGUCUGUUUCUUAAAGCGGUGGUUGCAGAGGUCCACAACUUGGCCGUUGUGUUAUUGAAGGAUUGAGAAUAGCUGAAGAGCCUAGGGGAUGCGGAAGGUUUGUGUUGUCCUCUGUGAUGUGUGUCUUAGCAGAAGAAAAAGGAAAACAAGAAAAACAGCCAAGAAAAAGAAGUUAAACGCCCGAGAUGCUUUAUUUAAGCUAGUGUCUUCUUGAGCUCUGAAAAGUUUGUUUAUAUAAUAUAUUGUUUUGUUUCGUUGUUUCGUUGUCGAUGUGAAUGUUGUGAUCGAAUUGAUUUGUGUUCACUUUUUUUUUCUUAUUAAAAGAGGCAAAAAUGUGGGGAGAAA